ACGUUGCUCCAUCUUUUUAAAAACCACCGGCCUCCCAACUCCGACUGAACAACCGCUGCCUGAGCGGCGACGACACCUCUUGGCAUCUCGCACACCUGACCAGGGACCAGGACCGGGUACACUCGGUUGCACCGUUGAGUGACACCAUGUCGGGAUUAAAAACAGCAGCUUUCCUGCUCGCUUUCCUGGCUUCUGUGGCUCUCGGUCAAGGAUUUCGAAGAGAGAGUGCAUCAGUCAGGAGCAGCAGAGCAACACCAAACAGUUUUAAAGAUACGCAAACGACAGGUCUGACAGAGUGGACCUCGUGGUUUAAUAUUGACCACCCUGGGGGGAACGGGGAUUACGAGCGCCUCGAGGCCAUCCGCUUCUACUACCGCGAGAGAAUAUGCUCGAGGCCAACGGCGAUGGAGGUUCGCACGACAGAUUGGGUGGCUGCGGCAGAAACGGGAGAAGUGGUCCACUCCAGUCUGGAGAAGGGCUUCUGGUGCGUCAAUAAGGAACAACCUUAUGGACGCACCUGCUCCAACUACCACGUCCGCUUUCAGUGCCCACCAGAGCAGAGUUAUUGGACCGAAUGGGGCGAAUGGGGGCCGUGCACGACAACCGUUUGCAACGACGUGGGUAUCCAGGUCCGCCAAAGGAGAUGCAUGAGCACGCAGCCAAUGCCUUUGCUCUUGGUUCCUGCCUGUCAGGGCCACCAUUCAGAGAGGAGGGAGUGCUCCACUCCUCCAUGUACAGCCAAGUGGAGUCCAUGGGGUCGCUGGGGGUCUUGCUCUGUCACAUGCGGCGGGGGUCGGAAGAUCCGAAAGAGGACUUGCGUGAGGACCUCGGACACAGUACAGUGCACCGGACGCCCCGUUGAAACUCAAAAAUGUAGCAAGACUCCUUGUCCAGUCAAAUGUCAGCGAGUGUGCGCCGAGGGCCGCCCAGAUGAAGACUGCAGUCGAUGCGAGUGUGACGGCCAUGUUCUGCACGGCGACGUCCACAGUGUGACGGGGGUCCCUGUGGCGGGGGCCUUGGUGGCAUUCACCAACCGUCCCAAAGUGAUCCGUGCCCGGACGGACGCCAAAGGCCGCUUCAAAUUGCAGGGAAUCUGCUCGUCCAAUGUGACUUCGCUCAUCAUCAGGAAGGACAAGUUUUCUCCAGUUACCGUCUCCUCUAGCAGUAACAGCACAGGCCUUUCCUGGGUGUCGGCUGUUCUUAGAUCAGCUGAGAAGCCUUACAUUGUGAAACACCCCGAGGACAAGGUGCGUUACGAGGGCGGGCGCAUGCUGAUGUGUUGCAAGGCAACCGGAUCGCCAACACCUGAUAAAUAUUACUGGUACCACAAUGGCACUCUGCUGGACAAACAGGUGUACAAGUACCACGAGGAACUCGUACUGAAAGAUCUGAAGCCAGAACAGGCCGGACAAUAUUAUUGCAAAACCAGCAGUUCUGCAGGCAGCAUUAAGUCCUCCCCAGCAUCCCUAACUAUCAUUGCUAAAGGAGCUCCAGCAUGCAAUUCCACUCCCGAGGCACAUCUGAUCAGACUGCCGUUGGAUUGCGUACAACCCGGGACGAACUCCAAGUUUUACAACGCUGGCCGCUGCCCGCAUAACAAAUGUGCUGGCGCUCUAGACUUUGAUAUGCGCUGCAGAGAUGGCGCCGGGUUUUGUUGUGGUGUCCAAGCGAUGGAAAGUCGGACCAUUGACUGUGGGAGCUACAUCCUUCCCAUCCGGUCCGUAUCCCAGUGCAGCUGUCAGAAGUGCGUGCAGCCAACUGUGCUUGUACGAGGUCGAGUGGUCACGGCUGACAAUGGUGAGCCGCUGCGAUUUGGUCACAUCUACAUUGGCAAAGAGAGGGCAGGCACCACUGGAUACCAGGGAGGCUUCACCAUCCAAGUUCCUCCUGACACACAGAGACUGGUGGUGAAUUUUGUUGACCCCACCGAGAAAUUCAUUGACACUCCAAAGGUGUUCAUUUUGGAUAAGAAGGGUGGAUCAAUCUACCAUGACGUGAGGGUCAUGAGGAAGCAGGCACCAAUUGAUAUCGAUGCUGGUGAGACCAAUUCUAUUACCCUGGGGGAAAUAAAAGGGGAAGAUCCGAUUGGGCAGUUGGUCAUUCCAGCCAAUUCCUUCCACAAAGACAACGGAGAGCUUUAUGAGGGAACCGUAAAAGCCAGCGUCACUUUCAUAGACCCGAGAAACAUUACCACAGCUUCUGCCACACCCGGCGAUCUCAAUUUUGUGGACCCUGAAGGUGACAUGCUCCCGUUGAGGACCUAUGGCAUGUUCUCUGUCGACUUCCGCGACGAGAGCAACAAGGAGGUACUCGGGGCCGGAGCGGUCCAAGUCCUUCUUGACACACAGCAUGUAAAGAUGGAAGAGCAUAUUCCCAAAAUGAAACUGUGGUCUUUAAAUCCCGACACUGGUGUCUGGGAGGAGGAAGGCGACUUCUCUAGUACGACAACUACAGGAGGGCAUGGACGGAGCAAGCGUGAGGAGCGUACCUUUCUCAUAGGCAACAUGGAGAUUAGAGAGCGUAGACUCUUCAAUUUGGAUGUGCCUGAAAACAGACGCUGCUACGUUAAAGUCCGUGCCUACAUGAGUGAGAAGUUCCUGCCUGUUGAACAGCUGGAAGGCGUCGUGAUCAGCUUGAUCAACCUUGAACCCAAACCUGGAUAUUCCUCCAACCCAAGGGCAUGGGGACGCUUUGACAGCGUCAUAACUGGCCACAACGGGGCCUGUUUGCCGGCUUUCUGUGACGCCCAGAGGCCUGAUGCCUAUACCGCCUAUGUAACAGCAACGAUGGGCGGUGAAGAACUGGAGGCAGCUCCCUCCUCCCCAAAGAUGAAUCCAAACAUCAUCGGUGUGUCUCAACCAUAUCUGGAUAAAAUAGACUACCAGCGCUCAGACCACGAAGAUCCAGCACUGAAGAAAACAGCUUUCCGAAUCAAUUUGGCAAAGCCCAACCAAAAUAAUUUUGAUGAAACCAAUGGGCCCAUAUACCCGUAUCAGAAUUUAAUAGCCUGCGAAAAUGCACCUGUUGAUGCGAAUCAUUUCAGGUUCUUUCGAGUGGAGAAGGACAAGUACGAAUACAAUGUUGUACCCUUUGAGGAAACGGAUCUGACAACCUGGACCGGGGACUACCUCUCAUGGUGGCCUAAUCCUCAGGAAUUCAGAGCAUGUUUUAUCAAAGUUAAGGUCCACGGACAAAAGGAAGUGAUGGUAAGGUCAAGAAACUUUGGAGGUUCACACCCAGAGACGACAGGCAAACUUUACGGCAUCCGAGAUAUACGCAGUACCCGGGACAUGCGAGAGGCCAACACUUCAGCAGCUUGCGUUGAGUUCAAAUGCAGCGGCAUGUUGUUUGAUCAAGCUGAAGUGGAUCGAUCCCUCAUCUCUAUCAUUCCACAAGGGAACUGUCGCAAGAUUUCUACCAACAAUCUACUCCAGGAGUACCUCAUCAAACACCCCCCAGUUGCGCAAAACAACGACUCCCACGCCUUCACCAUGUUAGCCCCCGUGGAUCCUCUGGGACAUAAUUAUGGCAUAUACACAGUCACAGACCAGAAUCCCAGGGUUGCCAAAGAAAUCGCUAUCGGCCGCUGCUUUGAUGGUACCUCGGACGGUUUCUCCAGAGAGAUGAAAUCCGACUCGGGAGUGGCUUUGACUUUCAGCUGUCCGGAGAGGAAAAUCAACAGAGAAAGCCUCUUCCAGCGGCUGCAGACCAACCCAGGACAGACACUGUCACAGAUGGCGAGGGACAUGAGGGAGAUGCAAGGCAUGCAGAUGCAGAGGUCAUCCACUCAAGUGGUGGCCUAUCCCUCCGAGCAACAGGGCAGGACCCAGAGUCGUAGGGUUGUCACUACAAGCAGGAGAAGGACGGCUGUUCGCACACAACGACGCCAAUGAUAGUCGAGAGACCUUCACUCAAGGCAACUCAUGGAUGUAAAACUUGGCAUUCUGCUGAAGGAACUUCCUCCGUACUGUGGAAAUCACCAAACUCAGACAAACAGCAAAACGCUGAGCCUGGCUGAACAUAUCCAAUAAUUGUAUACUGACUUGAAGGGUUUGCUAUAUUAUUAUUUUUUAACCACCCCUCCUGAAAGACAUCUUGUGGCUAUAUGAAAAGCAGUACCUGGCAUGUAUUUAAAAGCUCUGGUCACAUUUUAGUCGUACUUGACUUUUGAAAAUGUUUAUUUUAUAGGUCUAAUUUGUGGUAUUUGAGGUUGGAUUUUUUUUUUUUGCAGCGACUGAAUCAAAAGCAAACUGUUUAUAGUGGUGGCACACAACCAUGUAAAAAUUGCUCUCCAAUGAAUGUCUCUAAAAGUUGCAGACACUGAGCCCUUUCUCUUCAAACUGAGACACACAAACUUCACAGUCCAUCAGGGAAAAAGAGGACGUUUUCAGAAAUUUUACUUCGAGUCGUACAUUGGUACUGAGAUUCAGUAAUACAUACAAAUAUCCAUACCAAAGCAAACAUGCAACAUCUAAGAGAAUUGACAGAAUUAUUGUCACCUAAAACAGUAAGCGGUCAGGAUUUAAUAUUUAUUCAGCUGUUCAGUGUUUGUCAUUGAGCUGUGCAAUGAGAAUAUUUUAUAAUACAAUUAUAGGAGCUGUUUUUUUUUUCAAACUGAAAUAUUCAACAAAAAAUGCUGCUGCUAAUUGAAGCGACAACUCUGUCAUAUGUGGUGAGGGGGAUUGCACAUUUUAGGCUCGAAAUUACUCGGACACAUUUGUGAGGUGAUGUCUCUUAGGUAGAAGUUUACAGCUUGUGGAAAUACUCCAGUCACAUACUUUGGUAGGUGCUGCUGUUUUGGUUAGCAACUGAGUUCUGCAGUUGGGCUCAAUAGUCAAUGUGUGGACAACAACAUCCAUCAAUCCCAUUUUUUUUUUUUUUUUUUUAAUUCUUUUUGAGACAGCCACUUUUGAGGGAAUUGAACUAUCACUUCUAAUCUUGCUUCCGCGAAAGUUUCAGAUUUCACAUUUAGACAACUCUCAUCAUACAGACAGCAGCAACAGUAUUAACUCAGUACACGUUAUAUUUAGUCUACCUUUAAUUAUUGUCUUAACUUUCCACUUUAAAACUUGUUUAUCUGAAAAAGAGGCAUUUGCAGCCCGGGUAAUGAGAUAACCUCUCCAUGCUGAACUAAUCCGAAAACCCAGCCAAGGGCGAGGAUGAUCCAUUGGGAACCCGGGACAGGCGCAGACAUAAACACACUUGUGCAGUUAAUUAGAAAAUAAACGUUGCAAUCCUUUGGGAGCCAUUACGACAAUAUGAUGCAGACGUUCAUUAACAGUCAAACACGCUCAAUUUUUGAGACAAAAAAGUAAUUAAGAAGAAAUUAAGUCACAAUGGCACCAGACCAGGUCGUGCACUUUGCAUGAAAUAGUUAUGGCUUUGGCGUACAAAUGUCACAUUGCUGAGGUGAAAAAUCGAAUUGGUUCAGUCAGGUGAUCCGAGUAUCAAUUUCCAUUCGAACAUCGCAAUCAUGAUUCUUAGGUGGACUGAAGAUUUGAAAUUGCCCAUAGGUGUGAUGUCAACUGUAUACGUAACCUUGCCAUCUUCAAAAACAAACGUACCUGCACAUACUCUGAGCACAAAUGUCAUCUCGCAGCAGAUGUAGCAUCCAACCUGCAAGGCAGACAGUGAUUGAAUCCAGGAGCUAUAGCAACAGUCUGUUUGCUCAUGAAGACGUCAAACAUCUGCACAACACAGACAUCCGUAGAAAGAAGAGCUGGUAAAGGAUGAAAUGUUUGGUCAAGGGGGGAAAAAGUGAAGUAAUUGGGGUCUUCGUAGUCCACCGCAAGAAAGCUUGACAACAAGUGGCUUGCACAUGCAAGCUGGAAGAAUGCUUUGACAGCAGCGGCGGCUUUUUCAUGAGAACAUAUCAAGGGGAGUUUGAGCGACAAUGUAACAAUAAUAAAAGUCUGGCCAAGGCCUCGCAUGGGAAAGUAAAGCAUGCUGCUCAAACUUGGAACAUAAAAGGACACUUAAGAGGCAAAACAUUUGCAGUUGUUUUGGGGGAUGAAAUGAUGAGAGUUGAAGCUCCAUUCCAAGAGACAAAGCACACAAAAACAAGAUUUAUUCUGUGUGGAAAGAAAAUGUUGAUCUCUGUGGGAAGGGUAUUUAUCGUAAUAAUAUUUUCACUUGGCGGAGAUUUGGAAAAUGUUAGCCUGACAAAUCAUUUGAGAUUUAAUGGAGAAGAUGAAAUCUUAGCUUUGAGAAUAGGAAUUUUUUGGAAUUCUACGCAUGCUCACUGGCAACAUUUUGAAUAUUUAAAUAUCAAUUCCUGAGUUUGACCACAUUAAUUCAUAACCUUGACCCAGCAAAUAAUUUUUCAUUAGGAGGCUAAUAGGUAGACUAGACACAAUAGCCAUUUUUUUUGCCAACUGGUGUCGGAGAAAUCAUAAUUUAUUCCAGAAGUGAAAAUUUGCACAUGCCACUCUGCUUGCAGGAAGCCACCUUGAAUUGCAGCUUUCAUCACAUUAACAUUUGCAUGGUGACUCUUUAUGUGUAAAUGGUCUAUUGUAUAAACUUUGUAUGAUUAAGAGACUGUAAAUAAAUGUUUGAUGCUUUUGAA